GUCACCGCCCCGUCCCGGCAAAGAUGCUCCGUCGGUGAGAGGCGGCGGAGAGCAUGGAGGACGACCUGGCUUCCGAGGACGAUACGCUGCUUCUUUCGGAAAAGGAGUUCCAUGAUGCAGCCAGACGAAAUGACACGGCGCGCAUGGCUGAGCUAAUCGAGAGAGGCGUGGACGUCAAAGCCAAGAACAAUCUAGACCGGACCGCUCUCCACUGGGCCGCGGGAGCCGGGCACGUGCAGGCGGUGCGGCUCCUCCUGGCACACGAUGCCGCCGUGAACGAUGAGGAUAAUUUUGGGAUGAACGCGCUGCUCUUGUCGGCUUGGUUCGGCCACCUGCGCAUCGUUCAGAUCCUCGUCAACGCCGGUGCCAAAACCAACUGCGUGAACAAGAAUGGGCGCGGCCUCUUGCACUGUGCGGCCCAGAGAGGUCACAUCAACGUGAUCGAGUUUCUCAUAGAAGACCUAGAGGAUGUGCGGCUGGAUAAGAAAGACAAGAUGGAGAGAACUGCAUUUCAUUUGGCUGCAGAGAAUGGACAGCUGGAGGUGGUGAAGUUCCUGAUUUUGGCUGGCUGCAAAUGCAGCAUCAAGGACAAGGACAAGAACACGGCAAUGCAUUUAGCUGCCAAGAACGGGCAUGCAGAGGUGCUGCAGAAGCUUAUAGAAGCUGGCAUGAGCCUUGAUGAGAAGAACAGGGAGGGGCUGACUGCGCUGCACCUGGCUGCCGAGGGAGGCCACCACGGAUGCCUGAGGCUGCUGCUCGAGGCCGGCUGCGAUGUCCGUGCCCAAACCCAGAAAAAGAUGACUUGUCUUCAUUACGCCGCGCUGAAUGGCUUCGAGGACGCGGCCAGAAUGCUCAUUGCCGCGGGAGUCCAGACAGACGCCCUGAAUUUCCAAAACGCCUCAGCUAUGCACAUCGCGGUGCUACAGAACCAUCCAGCCCUCGUUAGGCUCCUAAUCGAUGCCGAAUGUGACUUGGACAUCCUUGAUAACAGACAGCAGAGUCCUCUCCAUAUCGCUGCCGAACAUGGGAGACAAGAAAUUGCUGAGAUGAUCCUAAUCGCCGGUGUAAACUUGAAACUGACGGACAAGCAAGGAAAAACAUCCCUAGAUAUUGCUGCCCGUGGGAACCACAUCAACUUAGCCGAUAUGAUCAUCAAAGCCGAUCGGUUUUACAAGUGGGAAAAGGAUAAUUUGAACAGUGACUCCGACUCCUGGGUAGCCAAGCACUUAACCUUCAGGCAGGACCACCGGCUGGAGACUCAGCACAUCCGCUCGGUCCUGUGGCGGCUCGCCACCAAAUACCUCAAACCCAGCGAGUGGAAGAAGCUAGCACAUUACUGGAAAUUCACCGAGGGACAUAUCAGAGCGAUUGAACACCAGUGGGCGGGUGGCAAAAGCUACAGGGAGCACGGCCACAGGGUCUUGCUGAUCUGGCUCCAUGGUGUGAUCAUGGCAGGCGAAAACCCUGUCAAAGGACUCUACGAAGGCCUGGUCGGCAUUGGGAGGCGCGAUCUGGCAGAAAGCAUCAGGAAACAGGCAAACGCAGAAUCUAUGUCUCCAAGGAGGUGUACUGCGAUGUGAACGCAAGAGGGAAAAGAAGACGCUGCUGCGUGUGUUAACUUUUGAAAGUUUUACUCAGGACUGGCAUCAAGGGGACUGAAGCAUUUUUAACUAUUGGCCAAAACAUUUCUAUGACCUCUAAGGGCUUCUUGCCAUAGUAAGUGGCAACGUUUUCCACUGACCAAAUUGCAUAAUUUAUUCAAUG